CUCCCGUGCAUGUCCUUAAUGCAGCACAAGUUUAUCGUAAAGGAUCUUUCCUCGCCAAAACCCUUCCGGUUCUACAGCCUUUUCCCGCCAUUCUAGCGCGGAUCUCAUCUCUCCGUCCGCAAAAAAACUCGGCUCUUAAAAGCUGCCGAAAUUGACGACAAGUCCAUACCUAUUAUGCCUCUAACCCUAGUUUUUUUCUUCCCGUAACGCAGCUGAGAACUAGCUAGGGGUUUCGAUUUGACGACGUACCCUGUGCGCGUACGUGCAAGAUUCGAUGGAGAGCUACCUGAGGAAGAACUUCGACGUGGAGCCGAAGAAUCCGCCGGAGGAGGCGCUGAGGAGAUGGAGAUCUGCGGUUUGGUUGGUGAAGAAUCCUCGGAGGAGGUUCCGCAUGGUUGCCGAUCUCGCCAAGCGCGCCGAGGCCGAACGCAAACGCCAGAAAAUUCAGGAGAAAAUAAGAGUAGCUCUGUACGUGCAUAAAGCAGCACUGCAUUUCAUUGCCGUGGGUAGUCGGACCGAGCACAAGCUCUCUGAUUCAGUUAGACAAUCUGGUUUCGACAUUGAACCGGAUGAACUCGCCUCGAUUGUUCGUUCUCACAAUUCCAAGGCCUUGGUCUCCCACGGUGGAGUGGACGGAUGUGCAACGAAAAUUUCGGUCUCACUAAAAGAUGGCAUUUCCGCGAGUGAUUUACCUCUGAGGCAAAAGGUCUACGGAUUGAACAAAUUUGUGGAAAAGCGUUCUAGACCCUUCUGGAUGUUUGUUUGGGAUGCCCUUCAAGAUUUGACUCUGAUCAUCCUCAUGGUUUGUGCUGCCGUCUCAAUAGGUGUGGGAAUUGCCACAGAAGGGUGGCCGAAAGGAAUGUAUGAUGGCCUAGGAGUAAUCCUAUGUAUUUUCCUGGUGGUUUUUGUUACUGCAAUCAGUGAUUACAAACAGUCCUUGCAAUUUAAGGAUUUGGACAAGGAAAAGAAGAACAUAAUUGUUCAAGUGACAAGAGAUGGAACCAGACAGAAGGUUUCAAUCUAUGACUUAGUUGUUGGGGAUGUUGUGCACUUAUCAAUUGGAGACCAAGUCCCUGCAGAUGGGCUUUUCGUAUCGGGCUACAGCCUUUCGAUCGAUGAAUCAAGCUUGUCUGGUGAGAGUGAGCCUGUGAAUGUCGAAGAAAAUUUGCCUUUUCUCUUAUCUGGGACCAAAGUCCAAGACGGUUCUGGUAAAAUGAUGGUGACAUCGGUUGGGAUGAGGACCGAAUGGGGGAGAUUGAUGGUCACUUUGAAUGAGGGGGGAGAAGAUGAGACCCCAUUGCAAGUGAAGCUAAAUGGAGUAGCAACUAUUAUUGGGAAAAUCGGCUUGGCUUUCGCUGUGUUGACAUUUCUGGUUUUGACCACACGGUUUCUAAUAGUGAAGGAGAUGAAUAACGAAAUCAGGAAAUGGUCCACUAACGAUGCGCUUGAUCUUUUGAAUUUCUUUGCAAUUGCAGUAACUAUCCUUGUGGUUGCAGUUCCAGAAGGGUUGCCAUUGGCAGUGACACUAAGUCUUGCAUUUGCAAUGAAGAAACUAAUGAACGAGAAGGCGCUUGUGAGGCAUUUAUCGGCUUGUGAGACAACGGGGUCUGCUAGUUGCAUUUGCACCGAUAAAACUGGAACAUUGACCACAAACCAUAUGGUUGCGACCAAGUUAUGGAUAUGUGGCCAAGAAAAAUCAAUAACAGGGUAUGAAGCCGUGAAUUCAUUAAACUCUUCGGUUUCUAAAGAAGUACUGGAAAUGCUUUUGCAGUCAAUUUUCCAGAACACGAGUUCUGAGAUAGUAAAGGGUAAAGACGGAAAGACCAACGUUAUGGGAAGCCCAACAGAGGCGGCGUUGUUAGAAUUUGGCAUGAUUUUCAGGGAUGAUUUUAAGGCCUCUUGGACAGACUCGAAGAUACUAAAAAUUGAACCUUUCAAUUCUGUUAAGAAGAAGAUGUCUGUGCUUGUUUCUCUCCCGAGUGGUGGGAUUCGAGCAUUUUCCAAAGGUGCCUCAGAAAUUGUUUUGAAAAUGUGUGAGAAAGUUGUCAAUGAAGAAGGGGAUUCUAUUCCUAUGUCGAUAGAACAAAGGGAAAGUAUUGCAAAUGUUAUCAACAGUUUUGCUUGUGAGGCUCUAAGGACUCUGUGCUUGGCUUACAAGGAUACAGAAGGGGCUUAUGAUAAGGAUAGUGUUAUUACUGAUGAUGGAUAUACGCUUAUAGCAGUUGUGGGAAUUAAGGAUCCGGUUAGACCCGGUGUGAAGGAGGCCGUUAAGACCUGUUUGGCUGCAGGAAUAAUGGUCCGUAUGGUGACUGGUGACAACAUCCAUACUGCCAAAGCCAUUGCUAGAGAAUGUGGGAUUUUGACAGCUGAUGGUGUUGCAAUAGAAGGGCCAGAAUUUCGAGAUAAGAGUGAAGAGGAGAUGAGGGAUAUCAUUCCUAGACUUCAGGUGAUGGCUAGAUCAUUACCGUUGGACAAGCAUAAGCUAGUGACCCAGUUGAGGAACAAUUUCAAAGAAGUCGUGGCUGUGACCGGUGAUGGGACGAACGAUGCUCCUGCUUUGCACGAGGCCGAUAUUGGACUUGCUAUGGGUAUAGCAGGAACGGAGGUUGCCAAAGAAAAUGCAGAUAUUGUCAUAAUGGACGACAACUUUAAAACCAUUGUGAACGUUGCCAAAUGGGGCCGAUCAGUUUAUAUCAACAUCCAGAAAUUCGUUCAAUUCCAGCUAACAGUCAACAUCGUCGCCCUCAUGAUCAAUUUUGUCUCUGCUUGCAUCUCCGGAUCUGCCCCUCUUACCGCUGUUCAGUUGCUGUGGGUGAACAUGAUUAUGGACACUCUCGGGGCACUAGCACUGGCCACCGAGCCUCCUAACGAUGAGCUGAUGAAAAGGCCGCCGAUUGGGAGGAAUGUUAGUUUCAUCACUAAGGUGAUGUGGAGGAAUAUUAUUGGUCAGAGUAUUUAUCAACUGGUUGUACUUGCUAUUUUCAAUUUUGAUGGAAAACGGCUGUUGAAGCUCAAUGGAUCAGAUGCUGAAUCUGUUCUCAAUACAUUCAUAUUCAAUACCUUUGUGUUUUGCCAGGUAUUCAACGAAAUAAACAGCAGGGACAUGGAGAAGAUGAACAUUUUGCGCGGCAUCUUUAGCAGCUGGUUAUUCAUGACCAUCAUCGUCUCGACAGUGGCUUUUCAAGUUGUCAUCGUUGAAUUUCUUGGCACUUUUGCAGAUACUGUGCCUCUGAGCUGGGAGCUUUGGUUAACCAGCAUAGUAAUUGGAGCAGUAAGUCUGCCCGUCGCAGUUGUCCUAAAGUGCAUCCCUGUUGGCGAGUCUAAAGUUCGCAACAUUGUUCAGAAACAUCAUGAUGGUUAUGAUCCUCUCCCCAGUGGUCCAGAUUUGGCUUGAUAUUGGUGCUUCAAGUCCAACUGUGUUUCAAAUUAGGCUGAUGUAAGGAUUCUCAUCAGAAUUCAGCUGGAAAUUUGGUGUUUUGGGUAGGAAAACCUUAGAAAGUUACUUGAAUUUUUUUUUUGGGGGUGAUUUCAGGUAUACUUUGGUGUGUCCUGAAUUUAUGGUUUGAGAUUUGGCAAGUGAUUCUUCUUUGAUUUCUAUAAAUACCCAUUUGCAAAUUUGAUCUCACGUUUGAAAGUUUCCCUUCAACAUCAAACAGUUGCAAUCAUCAAUUAUAAAUACACACAGCGGAGAAUCAAUAAUAAAUCUACGCAAGGAGUGAAACUGAUAAUCCUUGGCUACUGAGAAAUGGUUUUGAUUGAUUUUCAUGAUACGGUUUGGUUCUGGAUUUACACUUCAAAAGUUCCAAUAAUUGUGAUACUACGAAGUAUAUGAACGCAUUGAUAUAAGAAGUAUACGAACCAAUAAAACCAAUUCACUUUGUAUUUUUAAUUAAUCGUAAUAAGCAAAUGCACAUGCGAUUCUGUGUGCUUUGUACACUAUAUUAUUGACCAUCGUACUUCCGUAACAGUUAAUGUACAGUACAAAGAGUUUGUAUAUUUAAACAUUUUACAAGCAAGUCCUACAAUAUCCAGCAAAAUUAGAAGUUCAUUUAAGAUUUUUGUUUUGCUUAUGUAGCUAAAACCAACUUAUGUUAACUUGAUAAAUAGUUUAGGUAUGGCAUCAACCCUGAAAGCAAACUAGAACCAGGCACUGUUUUUUGCGCUUUGACUCAGGGUCGAUCCUAGAUGUUAUAAGGUUCUGUUCCUAAAUAGUUUACCUUAAAUCUCGACCAAAUCAGAGAACCACCACACGCUUGCAGACUCCAUACAACAAUCUACUCAGUAACUAACACCAACAUCACAACUGACAAUUCAUAUGAAAGUACUUCCAUGGAAAAUCCUAGUAACCUUCAUGCAGAGUACAUUAGUUCAAACCAACAGCAGACUCGCAUGAAGGAUCUAUCACAGACAUCAGGACUUAGUGAGAUGCGGGAUCAGCAUUUCUUCGUACAAAGAGUUUGCCUAUAUCUUCUGUCACAAUAUUACUCC